CGUCCUAGGGAAGGUCAGAAUGGGUGUGUGUGUACUUGAAGCGGAGACAGGCAUGUUAGUUUGCCUCUUCUAGGAAAAAAAUGUCCAUGAAUCACUUGGCUGUCACAUCAAGAUAAAUGGAACAAGGGUAGGGUCCUGAGGAUCGUAGCCUUUAUGUGGGAGACAGAGAGAUUCCUGGACUUUCAGCAGAUGCACGAAGGAUUGUCCAGAGCAGACAGAUGCCUGCCUUCCUACAAAGGCGGAGAAUGUGAGCACAGAUCUUCUGCUUUGUCCCCUUCACUGUUCUGAUACUUUUUUCCUGAAGAAUAACAGGCCUGCCAGGAGGUACCUGUGGGGAUUUGUUUCUUAGAGAUUUCCCUGCCUCGCUGCCCCACUGCACAGCUGUAUCUCUCCAACCCUCUGAGCAGGUAGUUGUGUUUGCCUGUACAUCAGAAAACAGCCUCCAGUUCUGAGCCUCCAAAGUGAGCAACUGUGCCUUUUGUUAAAUAGGAAGUUGAAGUUAAAAGUAUUUACGAGGAUUUGAACAAGGAAACACCAGGUUGGGGAUAAUUUCCAGAAUUCUUUGUCCUUUCAAAACAGGCUGAAAUAAAUAAGUGCCACAAGGAAAGAUGGCGCUUAACCAGUGGCUUCUUCUUCUGCUGCUGCUGCUGCAAGUACUGCAUGACGUGACAAGUACCAGGGUAAAACUCAACAUGGGCGGUUUUGAAGACGUCGUCAUUGCAAUCGAUCCCCAGAUCCCGGAAGACAACAAAUUGGUGGAUGCCAUAAGGGACAUGGUGAAAGAGGCAUCAACUUAUCUCUUCAGCGCUACACGGCAAAGAUUUUAUUUCAGGACUGUGAAAGUUAUAAUUCCUUCCACAUGGAAACCGAAAAAUGAAUAUCAGAGAGUAACUACAGAAUCCUAUGAUGAGGCAGAUGUCAUAGUGGCGGAUCAUUACUUGAAACAUGGAGAUGAUCCCUACACCCUACAGUAUGGCGGAUGUGGGCAACCUGGGCGAUACAUUCAUUUCACUCCUAACUUCCUGACGAAUGACAAGUUGCAUAAUGCUUAUGGUCCACAAGGCAGGGUCUUUGUUCAUGAAUGGGCUCAUCUCAGAUGGGGUGUCUUUGAUGAAUACAACAAUGAUGCACCUUUCUACACUCCUGGGGGAGACAACUUGCCUGAAGCAACAAGAUGCUCAGCUGGUUUCACUGGUCAAUACAUAUUCCCGCUUGGUGGAAAGAAUUACAGAGACUGCAAAAUUGACCACCGAACUCAGCUGUAUGAACAUGGUUGCUUGUUUGUUCCCAAAAGACAUCAAGAUACUGCAGCUUCUAUAAUGUACUUGCAAAGUCUCCCUUCAGUUACUCAGUUCUGUGACAAAAGCAACCAUAAUAUUAAAGCAACAAAUAUGCAGAAUAAAAUGUGUAACUACAGGAGCAGCUGGGAAGUAAUUAUGGCCUCUCCCGACUUUGCCAGUUCAUCCCCAAUAACGGUUCCCCCACCUGAUCCCACUAUCUCCUUGCUGCAAAAACAGGAGAGAGUUUUGUGUCUUGUGCUUGAUGUUUCUGGAAGUAUGGAAUUGAACAAUCGCACUGUUCGGUUGAAACAAGCUGCAGAACUAUUCCUCCUGCAGAUUAUUGAAGCGGGAUCCUGGGUUGGAAUAGUUGCAUUCAAUAGCACAGCAGCAGUUAAGACCCACUUGAAGCAGAUCAUCAACGACAGUGUGCGCAAAACACUCACAGAGUACCUGCCUACCAGAACUACUAGAGGAACCAGCAUAUGUUCUGGAGUGCGGUCAGGAUUUCAGGUGUUUUUACACAAGUAUGGAAGUACCAAAGGCUGUGAAAUCGUUCUCUUGACAGAUGGAGAAGAUACAGCUAUAAGCUCUUGUUUUGAUGAAGUUCAAAGAAGCGGGUCUAUAAUUCACACCAUUGCUUUGGGAUCAAGUGCUGCAAGAGAACUAGAAACGUUGGCAGACAAGACGGGGGGUCUGAAAUUUUCUAUCACUGACAGUUUGGAUUCCAACAGCCUCAUCGAUGCUUUCAGUGGAAUUUCUUCAGGAAGUGGAGAUAUCAGUCAACAAGCUAUUCAGCUUGAAAGUAGAGGGCAAAGCGUCGGUUCCAAAGACCAGCUGAAUGGUAUUGUAACCAUUGAUAAAACAGUAGGAAAUGACACUUUCUUCGUGGUGACGUGGGGCGUGUCCCCACCGGGAAUUCUGCUGACAGAUCCCAAAGGAAGAGAGUACACUGAAAAAGACUUUGCAAUUGAUAACACCAAUGUCCAAACAGCUCGCCUCAAGAUUGAUGGAACCGCAGAGACGGGAGAUUGGAUUUAUUCAAUUCAGAACACACAUUCAGGAGCACAAGUCAUAUCAAUAGCGGUAACCACUCGAGCAGCAUCUGCAUCUGUGCCUCCUUUGAUUGUGAAGCCCUACACGAAAAGUGAUACCAAUAAGUUUCCUAGUCCGGUGGUUAUUUAUGCAGAAGUCAGCCAAGGAUUCUUGCCUGUCAUUGGUGCAAAAGUCACAGCGACGGUCGAACCAGAGAUUGGAACACCAGUAGAAUUGGAGCUUUAUGAUGAUGGUUCGGGCGCCGAUAUUCUCAAGAAUGAUGGAAUCUACUCAAGGUAUUUCACGUCCUUCAGAGGAAACGGUAGACACAAUAUCAAAGUGCGGGUCCAAGGAAAAGACCAGACCCUCAGACGGUCCCGUAGACAGAGUCAAGCUUUCUAUGUAGCAGGAGUUAUAGAAGAAGAUGGUGAAAUAACAAUGAACCCCCCCAAACCUGAACCUACAGAUGAUGAACUCCAAGCCAAUCUAGGAAGCGUCAGUAGAAUUGCCUCAGGUGGUUCUUUUGUAAUAUCAGGAGUCCCUUUGGGAGGCACCACCACAGAUGUCUUUCCACCUUCUAAAAUUACUGACCUUGAGGUAAAACUAGCUGAGGAUGAUGAUCAUUUCUGUUUGGCUUGGACGGCUCCUGGAAAUGACUAUGAUAUAGGAAAAGCUGAAAGAUAUGAAAUAAAAAUGAGUGAAAAUCCCUUGGAAUUAAGACAUGGAACUUUUGAUAUCGCCACUUCUGUGAAUACUACUGGACUUGCAGUGGAAGAUGCUGGGGUCAGACAAAUAUUUCGGUAUAAGCCUGACAACUUCAUGAAAGAAAAUGGCACCUCCAUCUACUUUGCAAUUCGUGCUAUUGAUGGCAGCAGCAACAUUGGAGAAGUAUCAAACAUAGCAAGAGCAGUUGUGCUUCUUCCUGUGUCGCCACCUACUCCAACUAGUCCAGUCACAACUUCUACUGCUCACACUACUCCAGCUGACCAAUACUCUGUUUUGCCUACAACUCCCUCUAAUGUGAAACCCACCUGUGCUAAUGAUACCAGUGCAAUAAAUACCACUAUGGAAACUGUGAUCAUCGCAUGUGCUUCUGCAAUUAUAAUUUGUGCUAUUGUAAGUAUAACAGUUUGUGUUUUGCGCAAGCAGAGAUACAGAAGUUAUGACACUUGCAUGGAUAUUACUGUUGUUAAUAAGAAUGCCUCCACUAUUUUGUAAAGGAUCAUAUAUUUUAUUAACUGUUUUAAUGUUUACAAACAAAAUAUUGAAACAAACAAGAACAAACGCUACCCAAAACAAACAUAACCUGAGUGUCUGCCCACAAACUCUGGCACUAUGACGAAAACGAGAGUGCUGGAGAUGAUUUUACAUAUUCACAAUAAAAAUUAACAGCGCUUUAUAAGC